CGUCAACCUGCGAGUGAGUGGUUCAUUCAAACCAGAUAACAAGCAGAGUUGGAGUUAACGUCCUCUUAGUCUUUAACCACUCAAAUUGCAACCAUGUCACUAUGAGCAUCUUCAAGUGUAACUCCAUCAGGUGAAACAACCAAGAUGGUCUAAAUGUUAACAUCUGCUGAGUCCAGCAACCAUGGCCGCCGGCAACUGCAGCCGGAAACAACCCCCGCCGAGCUGAACUUGCCAAGGGUGCUGUGCGUCCUGUCUUCCAUGUUAGAGAAGCUGGUGGCUCGUAAUGAAAAGCUGGUGGAUGACCUAAACUGUGGCUCAGUAAGACUUGGGAAGAGCUUGAAUGCAUUUCAUGGCGUAAGAGCACCAAGCAUAACCAUACCUAAGUACUUGGAGAGGAUAUACAAGUACACUAAUUGUAGUCCAUCUUGUUUUGUGGUUGGCUAUGUGUAUAUAGACAGGUUGACACAUAGGCACCCUGAUUCUCUUGUCAUAUCCUUGAAUGUGCACAGAUUGCUAGUUACCACUGUCAUGGUGGCUUCCAAGAUGCUGGAUGAUGAACAUUAUAACAACGCGGUAUAUGCUCGAGUAGGAGGAGUGAGCAAUACUGAAUUGAACAAGCUUGAAUUAGAGUUACUCUUUCUUUUGGAUUUUAGAGUUAUGGUAACCUCUCGGGUGUUUGAGAGCUACUGCUUGCACUUAGAAAAAGAGAUGCUGGUCAGUGGUACGGGCCUGAAGAUUGAAAGGGCAUUGGCACCGAAGGCUAUAGAUGACCACGAGUCUCAAAUAUCAUCAGUUGAAGAUAACCAAAGCUCUUCCCCACCUCAAAUUGUGGAUUGUGGUCUAAUCUGAGUCUUUUUUUGUUUUUGUUAAUUAAAAUUUUAGGCCACAUGCCCUCCUUAUUGGAUCAUUCAUGGGCCAAUUUCGUUUUCCGUAUUUCAUGUCCAUGUCAAAGCUUGUUUGUGAUGCCUUUCUCUUUCUGCGGAGAAAAAGAAUGAGAACGAUAUAUAUGAUUCAUGCAGUAAUUUGGGAUAAGUUUAUCUUCGAUCAUUCCAAAAUUAUGU